AUGGCUGUUGAUAACGAAAAGAAAAGGUCUACUCCAGACUCGUUAAACUCACCGCAUGCCAAAAAGCUGAAACCAAUGCAAGAGUUGAGCGAGUCAGGACCAUUGACUCAGGCAGAUGUGGUUUAUUUCCAGAAAGAAGCCAUUUGGAGACAGAUGAUACAAUACAAGCAACAGAUGAUGUCUAUGCGUCUGGAGCUAAUAAGAUUGCAACGAGAAUCCGAUGCUCUGAAGCAUAUUGUCACAGUGUUGACUGCGUGGUACGAGCAGAUACUUGCUCUUUUUGAUGAACUAAACAGUGAAGAAACCAGCGACUUGUUAUUAGCUAUUACAAAGAAUGACGAUGAACAACUUGAUUUAAUUCGAAAAAAAUUAUCGAAUUUGAUUUCAAGUAAAGUGACAUUUGAUUCUGCCAAGUACGAGAAAGUGUCUGGUGAGUUGGCUCUUCUUUCUCGCCAAAACGAACAAAUGACAGAAGAAAAACGUUCACUUGGUGAAAGAAUCGAUGAAUUAGAGUCAAAGAUAACCGAGUUAGCUAAAGAGCAUGAAAGAGCCCAGUCAAAGACAUUAAAAAGGUUGGAUUCACAAAGACACAUCAAAACCGAGGAAGACGAGCAAUCAACCACCAAAGAAGAGAACCCUCAACCAAAUGGCCAUCAUAAAGAGAAUGACAAAACUGCCGUAGUGGAUUCCGAAGAGCUAGAUAAUCUUAAAUGCGAAUUGGAUAAAUUGAAAACCGCUAACCAACUUCUUGUACAACAAGUGGAACAACUUACGAAAGAGAACCAAUCACUAAUUCAAAAAUCGUUGAACUUGGAGAAUAAACUACACAAUUUGGAGGAAUCGGAUUUGGAAGACAAUACCUAUUAUAAAAAAAUCGUGAAAAACAACCAAUCAUUGCAGGAACAAAUUGGUAAACUAACCAAACUUAACUCAAGUAAUGUGUCACGCUUAAAUGAGUUGGAAAGACAACAAAACGAUUUAAAGUCAGUUAUUGAAGGUGAAAUCAUUGAGGAAAAUGAAAAAUUGAAACAGCAGUUACAGGAAAGCGAAAACAAUUUGGUGAGAAUCAGAACUACUCGUGAUGAGUUGUUGUCUAAAAAUAACAUUCUCACUAGUCAAUUGCAAGAUCAAAAAACAAACGAGUCUUUAGUUGAACUAAACAACGUUCUUUCCAAAAGGGUUGAGCUGUUGACAGAGGAGAGACUAGAAGCAAUUGUCGGCACACCAGGGACAGGCAAACUCGAAGAUUUAUCGCAACAAGAAUUGAUUCACAAGAUUAGCCAAUUGAACAACGAGAUUAAAGAAGUGGAAUUGGCUUUCAAACAAACAAGAGAAAUCACAUUAAAAAAAUUGACUAGCUCGAUUGAUCAAGAAAACUUGACAAAGAAAUUAACCAUUGAGAAGAAUAAGGCGGACCAGAAAUAUUUCUCUGCCAUGAGAGUCAAGGAUUCAUUAACAAAUGAGAACAAGUUGUUGAAAGCUCAAAUUGCCAAAUCACAAGAUUUAAUUAAAAACCUUAAUGAUUUGGAAAAGAAGUAUUUGAAUAAAAUUGAUCUUUUAAGUAAUCAGUUGGUUGAUUUUAGAAUUAUCAAGGAAAACUCAUUAGCAGAGAAUUCUAAAUUACACGAUGAAUUGAAAACUUUGAAUAUAGCUCAGGAUGCGUUACACCAAGAAGUUGAAAGAGUAAACGCCAAAUUGGAAUCCACAUUGAAAGAACAUACUGACUUGCAAGAAUCCAACAAGAAACGAGAACUUGAAUUGGCCAAGCUUCAGAAGCAAUUGCAAAGUACUGAAAACAUCUUACAAAAAUACAAAACAAACAAUACCAACUCACUUUUACAAGAAGAUGAACAACAACUAGAGGCUUUAAGAUCCAUAGCCAAGUGUUCAGUAUGUUCGAAAAAUUGGAAGGACACAGCAAUCACAGUUUGUGGUCACGUAUUUUGUUCUAAAUGUACACAGGAAAGAUUGGCAGCCAGGUUGAGAAGGUGUCCAAGUUGCAAUCGAGGGUUUUCUGCUAAUGACUUGUUAUCAAUUCACUUGUAA